UGAAGAUGUGGGUAAGACCAGAAGGAAAUCCAGUUUGAGUUCUGGUUUGAAGGAAGUUCUCCAUCUGUAGGGAACUGUUUUAGGAGAAAAUGUGUUGUGGUUUCUUAAGAGUUGGCAAGAAUAGCUCCUGUUUCAAAAUAGUGUUCAUUUUGAAGAACCCAGGAUGAAAUAAACUUUACUGGACUUAACAGUGAAGCUAGAGCAUGUUUGGGUUUGUGGGCCAAGCUGUCCAACUAAGCAUCCUGAAGAACAGGAGACCUCACCACCAUGACGGAGUACAGCCGCCAUUUUGACUCGGACAACGGAAUCUUCUGGGUCAAAGACCGUCCGGUCUCUGUCCAGUGUUUCAAGGUUCAGACCGUGGCUGUUUCCUGUUGUCAUGGUUACGGUUGUCCUUGCUGUCAUCAUUGCUCUGGGAAUCAUAAACACAAAGACGUCCAGUCAUCUGAGUUCUAUGCAGCAGACUGUUUCCAACCUGACGCAUGUUGUCCAAUCACUGAGUGCCGCCGUACUGCAUAGUGACGAUGAAGAACUGUGCCACCUGCAGCUUUCUGUGGAUCAAAACAAGAACCAGCUGAUCUCAGGCACAGCAGGAGACAUGUGCUGUCCUCUGGCUUGGGAACGUUUGGGGUCCAGCUGUUAUUUCUUCAGCUCGUCUGUCCUGUCAUGGGAAGAAUCCAGAGACUGGUGCAGGGGACAGGAAGCUCACCUGGUCAUACUCAACACGGAGGAGGAGUGGGACUUUGUGGUCAAGCACACUCAUGGAGUGUUAUACUGGGUCGGUUUGAGUAUUGGCAAAACGGGGAGUUGGGAGUGGUCCAACCAGACGCCAUACGUGAUGGAGCGCAGGCGCUGGAAGCCCGGUCAGCCUGAUCGUUGGACUGGUCACGGACUCGGUACUGGGUCUGAAGACUGCGUUAACUUGGGGACUAAUGGACGCCUCAACGACCUGCACUGCUCCACCAAGCUGCCCUACAUCUGUCAAAAACACAGUGUGCACAGCUGAAAGCUCCACCCACACAGCUGAAAGCUCCACCCACACACCAUGUCAGCUCAUCCUCCUCGAUCUCUGUUCUGUGGGAGGGCAGGAACGCUCCAAAAUAUGCAGAAUUA